ACGCGCAGCGGCGGCAGCUGGGAGCCCGCCCGGGCACCGCCAGCCUCGCCCGCGCCGCGCCCGGCCAUGGAGCCCUCACCCAAAGACGGCGAGAGCGCGGCGGCCGCGGAGCCCAGCCGGGGCGCUGCCCCUGCCAGCGGGGUGGUGGUGCAGGUCCGGGAGAAGAAGGGGCCCCUGCGCGCCGCCAUCCCCUACAUGCCGUUCCCCGUGGCUGUCAUCUGCCUUUUCCUCAACACCUUCGUGCCGGGUCUGGGAACGUUUGUGUCUGCUUUCACCGUGCUGUGCGGAGCCCGGACGGACCUUCCUGACAGGCACAAGUGUUGUGUCUUCUGGCUGAACAUUGCUGCGGCUCUGAUUCAGAUCCUGACGGCGAUUGUGAUGGUUGGCUGGAUCAUGAGUAUAUUCUGGGGGAUGGACAUGGUCAUUCUUGCAAGCUACAAGGAACAGGGGAUCCCACAGCAGCUGUAGUGGCUGGGACAAAUAUGGUCAGAGAAACACGGCGAGAGAUUUCCUUUGGCAGCUGUGGGCCAUGGACCUUUUCAUUACCCUUUGUCUUUCUUCUUCCUUUUGUUUUGUGUCCUUCUGUUUGAACCUGGUUCACCUGCUGGUCCAGCCGAGCGGAGGUGCAGAGCUGCCGACGGAGACUUGCACUGAUCCCACUGAGCAGCGCAGAUGGGGCAAGCACAGCGUGGGUUAGGACUGGCCCUGGACAGCACGUGGUGGGCAGCCAGGAGAAGGAGACAUCCCUGGCAAAGGUGGUACCUGGGAAGGCAGCUGAGCCGGGAGAGCAGGAGAUGCUGCUUUCUCUGUCCUCCGGUGCAAAGUAGCUGAAGACAUUUUGCCUCCUAUUUGCACUCACUGUCAAAGGAAACCAGCUAUGAAUGUCAAAUGCCAAGGAUGUGCAGCAUGUGAAAGCAAACCAGUGGCUCUUCUUCCCCACACCUCCAGAGUCCAUCCUGGACAGCUCUGCAGUAGCGGAGGGCCCAGCCCAGCCACCUCCAGAGUCCAUCCUUGAUGGCUUCACAGUAGCGGAGGGCUCAGCCCAGCCUGCUCUGCUGUUUGUGUUUAUGAUGCUCAAUGAAGCUCUCCUUGCAGAUGUCUUGAGAAAAGUGCUUGCUGUAAAUUGUAUUGUACUGCUGAACUGAUUUGAGAUGUCCCCUGCGUCCAUCUGCUGGCACCAUGUGAAGACCAGACCUCCCCAUGGACCCUCGGGAGACUUUACCUAGCAAAGGACCAGUGUCCUGCAGCACCUUGUCUCUAGGGUGGUUGGUGCAGCCACAUGCUGCCAAAAGCUGCUAGUGUAAAACAACGCUGGGAGAGCUUCCCACCCAUCCAUCCCCAAAAAGAGACUUUUCCUUCCCUCCCUCCCCCACCCAGGACUUACCAGCAGUGUCUCCAUGCCCUGGGAAAGGACCCUCUUACAGCACAGCAUGUGCUCCUGGCUGAAGCACCAUCCUUGCUCCACUUCCCCAGGAGUGGCACAGAGGGGAGCCCCCCACUCUGUGACACCCACCGACAGACACCGGGGAUGGAUAACUCACCCCUCUGCUGGUGAGAGCCAUGCCGUACCGCUGCUGCUGCAAACCAGGCCCUGCCUCCUCGCUGCUGCAGUUGGAGGACACUCACUCUGGUUGAAGCCUCAUGGCACCAGGCUAUGCCAGCAGCAUCUGCUUUAUAAAAAUCGAUGUUUCAGAUGCAAAUUUUGCAGCUAAGGAGCGACACUGAUGAAGAUAAAUGCAAUUGCUUCACCCUCCCCCCCCAUCUGCCAGCAACAUGAUAAUUACAAAACAACAACAAAAGAAACAAUAAAAGGGCUUUAAUUAAAUAGUUCCUUGGUACUUGAACCCAGCCAGGAUGAACACCUGAUUUACUACUUGGUGGAAAGCAAUUUCAGGUGGAAGCCAAACCAAAUGUCUGUUUGAAAUGUGUGGCCAGUUGUAAAGCAGUUUCAUUCUGGGUCAGCCCAACUGUUCCAAUGCAAGUUAGGUUGACCCAAUCCAACCCUGACAUUUUUUCUGCAUUCAUUGGUGUUGCCAAAGCUGUGCUUACCACAGAAAAGGUGCUAAUGGCAGCCAGCCCUUUGCCCAGCUGACCACGUUGGCCAGACGUGCCUGGCGAUGGCAACAGGGCAGGGCAGCAGGGAGUGUUAGACGUGUGAGGUGCCUCCAUCUGUGCCACAUCCUGUGCUUCCCAAGACAAAGCUGCCUGCUCCUCCCUGCCUGCUCCUCCCUGCCUGCAUCCACUGCCACGAGCUUAACUGAAGAUCUUUCACAGAAUGGUAGAGGUUGGAAGGGAGCUCUGGAGAUCGUCUGGUCCAAUUCCCCUGCCUUGCAGUCUCAUCAGGAUGCAGGGGGCGUUGUGCCAAGCAGCACGGACAGGAAACUGAGGAGCCCUGGUCUCGUUCUUCAGGGGGCUGUUCUGUUCCACCCUUGCCUUGCCUGCCGUUUGUUUCGGGGUGACCCUGCAGUCCACACACGCAUCCACUCCAGCGGCAGUGUACUGUAUUACCAGCCAGCCCAAACUGCAUCCUCUGCAAGACAGAGCACCAGGAGCUCACUGCCAUUUAAAGCCCAGACACAAGAAGAGCUAUAAGCUUAGCUAGAUCUGACAUCUCUCCCAGUCAAAAGCAAUGGCUUCUCCCACGUGCUUGCUAACUGUGGCCUCGUAACACCCCACCCCCCAGUCAGUUCCAGCUGACUUCUCUUCAUGUGCACACAUGAUGCACUUUCAGGCAGCACUGCUAUGCUUCCAAACCAGCACUCAGCAUUUCGAUCCCCAUAAAGGGCCAGCCCUAGGUGAGAGUGGCACCAGCUGAUCCAGGGUUAAUUACAGUGGAUCCCACUGCAGUCUGUCCCAUCCACAAGCCAACCUCCCUUUUCUCAUUCAUAUGCAUAACUACAGUCAGGUUAAAAUUCAGCCCUGCCUCUUUUGCACCAUCCCACAGGCAGUGGGAAGUGACACUACCCUUCCUCCCUACUCCCAACCCCACAGAAAUAGUGCAGUGGGAUGUGAAGGCUUUACACAGACUCCAGGUUUGACAAUCCAGCAGGCAGGUCAAAGGCAAUGACCUAGUUGAGCUUGAGAUCGAAACAGGUUUGCCUCCACAGCUCUUCUUCAAAGUGAUGCCAGUACUCCCCAGACGCCAAGCAAGUGAUGCCUCCCUGAGCCACAUCCCACUGUCCACCUACCACACACAAAGACACAGGCACUGCUCCACGGGCCAGGAAAGCAGACAAGUUGUUUGCUGCUGGCUCAAGUCCAUCUUUUCCUUGGGUUUGGCCAUACUUGGAUGUAUCCAGUUUUUCCACCUUAGGAUGGAGAGAAUGGCUGCAUGCCCACCUAUGCCAUUUGUACCCCAGUGAUGAGCCCACCUUUUGUUUUCAUGCCAAACUGGGGGGUUACAGAUGAACAUUUGUAUGCCUAUUUAUAUUGUUGGAUUGUGAGUUGCUGUGUUUUGAUACUGUGGAUCUUUGUGUUUUGUUUGGUUUUUUAAAGUUAAAUAUAUUCUGUUGCUGGACAGCUGGAA